AUGCCCUUCCCGUUCAAACAUAGCAAUCGUUCAAAGCAGGCAUUGAACGAACCUGCUAUAGAAAGAGCGGCGGUCACUCCUUCAGCCUCGCAUUCACAACAAUCCUUCUCAUCUGGUUCUGGCGAGGGAAGGUCCACCACAAUACAACAACAAUCCUCCAACACCACCACCACCACCACCACCACACCAUCUCAAAAAAACUUUGAACUGCCCUACGAAACUCGGAGUCCUGAAAUUGGAUCUCGUGGAUCUGCAUAUCAUAAUUCUGGCGGGUCACCUUCCCGCUCGGUCGCAGUUCAGUAUCAACUACAGCAACCCUUUCCACAAGAGCUUGAAGCGUCCCCCGCUUCCCCAUCUCCCGCCGGCUCAUCCGUCGAUGAUUUAGUUCUUGAUUCUCAGAGGUUACAAAACCAGGGUCGCAGACAUACAUCGCACAUACAAUCACCUGUGGUGGAGCCUAAGAAAAGGAGUAUUUUUGAUCGUAUGCGAGGGACGAAUUCGAAUCGAUCCUCUGAACAAAAGUACCCCCCGACUACCACACAAGUAGCUUACAGCAACAACACUAGCGGACUUGCGCGCAGAUUAUCUAGACGACACGACAGUCCCCCCGUUAUACGAACUAGUCAUCAACAAAGAAAUUCGGUAGAUCAGCAUCAAAGGGCAGAUUGGCAACCUGCAGCUCAAGGUUCGAGAUCCCACCUGUCAUCGCCUCGAGAAGCCCCCAAGGACGACGGAUUAGAUCCAUAUCUCAUUACGACUCCCGAGGAAAACACACCACAAAGUGCCCAAAGUUCUGUGAAUGCGCGUGGGCAGCGACAACCUUUAAACACAAUUCGAGCUAUACAAAGCGAUUCUGAUUCACCCCUCUAUUCGGCAGAUUCACAGAACGAUUCUCCUGAUCAGCAAUUUCAGCAAUCACCUAAUCCCGUUUUUUACCACCAACCUCCUCAAAGUCCUAGUCAUUACGAAUCACCUGAGGGUGUUCAGCAAUAUCGUUACGAACUACCCGACCAAAUUCAUUCACAGCAGCAAUUGAAUAGUUUCCCAAGUUCCCCCAACAGCCAGUAUCCUCCGCAAGACUUCACCCCAGAUAGUGCCUCAACACCGCAAUACGAACCUUCUUUACUGUAUAGGGAAGAUCAACGUCCCGGAUCGGUACAAUCUAAUAAUCAAUCUCCAACAAGCAUUCACCAAUCUAACAGGGCAGAUUAUCCAGAGCGAACAACCUCAAUACAAGGGCCGAUUGCAGGCUUAUCUACAAGUCGCCCUUUGUCGCAACACCUUUCCAUGGCACCACAGUCCACCACAACACAACAAAAUCGUCGAUCUGCGGACUCGAAACAAACAUUACAAGCUCAAAUGGCACAGUCAGAUGGGAGAGAUCCUCCGGCAUACCGCCAGCAGCAACAAACUCCUAAUAAUAACAAUAAUCAACCACAAGCGACAAGCCCACUCCCUCCUCAAGGUCAAGGUCCGAAUUAUAGAGGAGGGCCACCACAGCGAGAUCAGUACAAUCCUUCUGGUAGUGGAGAGCAAGGGCGGAGCACACCACCACCGCAACCUGGAGACAGGGAUGUAAAUGAAGCAUACAGAGAGCUACAGCAGAAAUAUAAAAAGGUCAAGGGGCUGUAUUUUGACAAAACAGCUUCAGUGGAGCAAUUACAAGGACAGGUCGAACAAUUACAAAAUACUUUGGCAAAUCAGCGAUUAUCCCAGUCUCGCACAUCCCUUGAUGAUGGCGAAUACACAUCACGCUUCCAAAGAUUAGAUGGUGCUAUCACAAAUCUUGCCUUUAACAUUCGUAAGGAUUGGAGAACGGUACCAGCAUGGCUCUCACAAUCUGUCAACCGUGAUGCGAUGUCCAUAGGAAAACAAGAGAUGACGGCUGUCGGCAGAGCUUGUAUCUCAAGAUUUCUUGUAGAUGAAAUAUUUAAUCGCACCUUCCACCCAGGUCUAGAAAGUGAGCUUAGCCUGAGCUUGAAAACUAUCGAACAGAACAUCCGUCUGUUCUCUCCUGCUAUUAACAACCAAGAAGAAUCCGAUGCUUUGACUGCAAAGGUCGUCCAGUGGAGAUUGACGACUUUAGAUGGGUUGAAAGACGUAUUGAGCUCACCUGAAAGCGAAGAAUACAAGAAACAAUUCUCAAAAAUGAUCACAAGCAACCUGACAGCCAGUUUAAUUAACUACCUCCAAGAACCAAUACCAGGUGGUAUCGAAGAAUCCGCGACAACCAUUGUAGAACUAGCAGUAAGCAUUGCAGCGAACAUUCCUCUGGAAAGCAGAGAUGUUGUCAUUACGUACCCGAUGCCCAACGACCUAGUGCAACGCCAAUAUAUGAAAAUUGAAGGUGGUAUCCCUGCAUUGGAGCAUCCAGGUGCAGAAUCUAAUGGAUUUGAUUCGAGUAGUGUGGGAAGUCAUGAUAAGGAUGAUGGUUCAAAAGAGGAACAAAAGAAUCAUCCAAAGCUGACCAAGGAGAAGAGUGGGAAAGGUCAGGGCAUGUUACAAGCUAUGAUGGGAGGUGGUAGUAGUGGAACCUCUGGGAAGAAGAUGAGCACUAGUAGUCAGGGUGGUCAAGAACCAAGUGAAAAAGUCAAAAGCGAAGAUGGGGCUCACAAAGUACGGUUUGCGGGUUUCAUGACCAUUGAUAUUAGGGGAAGACAGGUACUUUUUUCGGCUCCAGUCUGGACUAUGGCAUAG